AUGGCGCCGUCCACAGUUCGGUCGUUGCUCUUUGGAGCGCGGAGGUUUACUUAUUCACAGAACCCGAAGACGUUUUCAACGCUCGCGGAUGUCCCCGCGUUCUGUCUGAGUUCAGUCUCAACUUCUUCCGUGAAUAUCUUGGCAGCUGGGGCCCCCAUUUGUCUCGCGGUGAACCGGCAGACGCGAUCCUACAGCAAGAAGGUCCAUGAGCACUUCUUCAACCCCAGAAAUGCCGGGGCAUUCGACUUGUCAGAUCCAGAGAUGAAGUCAAAAGUCGGGACCGCAGUCGUCGGCAAAGCAGCAUGCGGCGACGUCAUCAAACUCCAGGUGCUAGUUGAAGAUGGUAAAAUCACUGAUGCGCGCUUCAAAACGUUUGGUUGUGGCAGCGCCAUCGCCUCGUCGUCGUAUGCGACAGAGCUCAUCAAGGGCAAGACAUGCGAUGACGCACUCAAGGUGAAAAACACCGACAUUGCGGAAUAUCUCAAUCUGCCUCCAGUCAAGGUGCACUGCAGUCUGCUGGCGCAGGACGCCGUGCGACACGCCAUUCUGGACUACCAAAAGAAGCAGAAGGGAAGCACAACAGAGGGAUCCAGCGCAUCGCCAGUUUCGCCGAAUGUAGCUGACGCGGGGGAGAAGCUUGCUUCGCCUGCGUCGCGGGAGUAG